AUGGGAUGUCUCAUCUAUGCAGAUAGAUCAUCUAAGGAGUGCAAUCUAGAUAUCCUCCUUACCCCAGCACCAAGAGACCCUCUUAACUGUGUGUUGAAGAUAUUCCCCACCACACAGUCUUCAGAUCCUGUCAAUCUGCUGCUCAGCUCUCUCCAUGGCUUGGCAAAGACUUUACAUGAAGGACAUGUUAUGUCGAGGGAUGAGUUAUAUUUAUUACUGAAAGAUGCAGUUCCGGGUCCAGAGCACACAAAUAUUGUCUUGUUUCUUCAAGAUACACUUAGUGUGGAAUACUUCACACGAUACAACAACUUCUUCGGAAAUGAGUCACUAUUUCACAAUGUUCAGGAGCUUCUUGAGACUUCAUCAUCUUCAUUGGUUUUGCCAACAGUUGACUGUCAUGCUGUCAGUCAUUUUUCAGACCACCUCCAGAAGAUAAUGAACUGGAACUUGGUAAAUGUAGACAGCCCUGACAUACCAAAGCUAAGAGUGAAUAUCUCCAAACCCAAUUUAUUUGAGAUAAACCUACCACCAAUCAGAAGAAAUGAUGAACUUCCCAUUCAAAAUAAGCUCAUGGAAAAUGAUGAAAUAAUUGGAAGGUUUAUCAGAUCUCUGCAGCAACAAGGAAUUCCAAUUUUAGCCAUUUAUACAGCAAAGCAAUCAUCACAGGUACCUGUGAGACAAGAUAUAAUGUGGCAUAGUAAGCGACAAUUAAUGUCUGCUGAAAGUGAAGUAAUUGACUUAUAUCCUCCCCUGAAUGUAACCAAUGGGACCAACACCACGUGCAUCCUUUUUUAUGCAACUAAUUUCACUCUUACAAUCAACACCACCAUUCACAUGAAUCUGACAAAUUCAACAUUUAUUUUUCAUGAUGUGGACACGACUUCAUCUGUUUGUUCCAAUACCAGUGCAACGUUGUCAUUAAAAUACACCAACUUGGAGAAUGAGAAGAUUGACAUCAAGACCCUGGAAAUAAGAUUCUUGAUGACCAACAUGUUCUAUACUAGUUCUUCAAAGAAUUGGUUCACCUUAGAUUUUGUUCAUAUUCUGCAAGAUAACAGGGAUGCUGAAGAUGAGCCUGCUAAAUUUAAUGUCUCUACUAUCUAUGGUCCUGCGGAGUAUUCAUUUCAUUGCCCCUUGGUGGGCACGGAGAGCCACUAUGAUGUAUUACUAAUUCCAGCCAACGAUAAAGCUAAAAACUGGAAAAUUGAUAUUUCUGAUUUUCAAAUUCAAGCUUUCAAUAUUGAAAAUAACGUAUUUUCCUAUGCAAGCGACUGCACAUCAUUUUUCACACCUGGAAUUUGGAUGGGUCUCGUCACCUCCCUAAUUUUAUUAUUGAUCCUUACCUAUGGAAUCCACAUGAUUUUGAAUCUUACCACCAACAGUAGAUUUGAUGACCCCAAAGGUCCAGCUCUUUCAGUCCCUCAAACAGAGUAAUGACGAAAUUGUAGU